AGUUCCGUCCUCAUGAACAAACGUGGACUCAACUUGUCAAAACUCUCCCGGACUCUGUUCUCGCCUCUUUUCGCCCCAGAACUGUGAACACUUUCGGAGAGAGGGCUGGUCAGACCGCAGGACCCCGAAGCUCUGCUCCUCUGUGGGACUCUGCUGCCAGCAUGGAGACGGAGAAGUCUUCUCUGGACUUCAUGGAGGACAGAGGCUGGCUGGCAGAAAGCCAGUCUGAAGCUCAGCUCACGGCGGCGGCGGGGCCCGACGGGGACGAGGCCGUCGACGACGACCGGCCGGCGUGGGACUCCAAGAUCCAGUACGUCCUGGCUCAAGUGGGCUUCAGCGUGGGCUUAGGAAACGUGUGGCGGUUCCCCUACCUGUGCCACCAGAAUGGAGGCGGGGCCUUCAUGCUGCUGUAUGUUUUCCUUUUGGUGGUUGUGGGGGUUCCUCUGUUUUUCAUGGAGCUGGCAGCCGGCCAGAGCAUUCGGCAGGGCAGCAUCGGCGUAUGGAAGCACAUUUCCCCGAAGCUGGCAGGGAUCGGCUACUCCAGCUGCCUGGUCUGCUUCUAUGUGGGUCUUUACUACAAUGUGAUCAUUGCCUGGAGCUUGUUCUACAUGGGCAAUUCGUUUCAGUAUCCGCUGCCGUGGGAGCAUUGUCCAACAGACGUAACCACCAACGACACAGUGAAAGAAUGUGCGAAAAGCUCGCCGACGUCGUACUUCUGGUUUCGGAAAGCGCUCGACAUCACAAACUCCAUCCAAGAAUCCGGAGAGUUCAACCCCAUCAUGACGGGAUGCUUGCUGGCCGCCUGGGCCAUCGUCUCCUUGGCGAUGAUCAAAGGCAUCAAGUCUUCUGCGAGGGUGAUGUACUUCUCCUCGGUUUUUCCCUACGUGGUGCUGUUUAUUUUCCUCAUCAGAGGCCUGAUGCUGGACGGCGCCAUGGAAGGAAUCACAUACAUGUUUUACCCCAAACUUGAGAUCUGGGGGAGCGUGCAGGUGUGGCGCCAGGCCGCCACCCAGGUGUUUUUCGCGCUGGGAUUGGGGUACGGCUCCGUGAUCGCCUAUUCCUCCUACAACCCGGUCCACAACAACUGCCACCGCGACGCGCUGAUGGUCUCCUGCAUCAACUUCAUGACGUCCGUGCUGGCCUCGCUGGUGGUUUUCGUCGUGCUGGGUUUCCGCGCCAAGAACAUCGCACUGACCUGCGUGGCUGAAAAUCUCCACGUGUUGAACACGAUGGCAUCGCAUGAAGUUGAGCAGCACUGGUGGCCUUGGUUCAACAUGUCGGACGCGAGCUCGGUGUCUAUAGCCGAGUACAGGGAGUGGUACAGUCGCUACAGCUCCAUGGUGGGGCCCAAAGUCACCGACUGCAGCCUGGAGGAGGAGAUGAACAAGGGCGUUGAAGGGACGGGCCUGGCGUUCAUAGCCUUCACGGAGGUGAUGGCCCUCUUCCCCGCCAGCCCCUUCUGGUCGGCGCUGUUUUUCCUAAUGCUGCUCAACCUGGGCCUCAGCACCAUGUUUGGGACCAUGCAAGGAAUCCUCACACCUCUCAUGGACAAUUUUAGCCUCCUGGGGCGCCAUCGGACCCUGCUCACGGUGUCCAGCUGUGCCUUGGGGUUUGUUAUUGGUCUGUUGUUCACGCAGCGCUCCGGAAACUACUUCGUGACAAUGUUUGACGACUACUCUGCAACACUGCCGCUGAUCAUUGUCGUCAUUUUUGAGACUGUCAGUGUGUCCUGGGUGUAUGGAACAGAGCGCUUCAUGGAUGAUAUUGAAGUCAUGCUCAAGUGGCGCCCUCCAGCGGUGUAUAAGUACCUGUGGAAGUAUGUGUGUGUGCUGGCCAUGGUGGGGCUUCUGGCUGCCAGUCUGCUGCGGAUGGUCUUCAAAGGGCCCACAUACACCGCCUGGAAUCAGACCACAGCCUCUGAGAUGACCCUGGAGUACCCCGGCUGGGCCCUGGCCAUGAUCGUCAUGCUCAUCGUCUUCGCCAGCCUGCCGGUGCCGGUCGGCUACGUCCACUCGGUGCUGAAGAGCCGCGGCGCCCGCGACACGCCGUCCCCCGACGGGGCGGGCCUGGAGUCCCACCGUGAGAUGUACGUGAAGUGCAGCUCCGUGGAGCCGCUGGACUCCGGCUCCCGCCAGGCCGCCUCCGAGGAGGACGCCGUUCAUCCCAGGACUGCUUUCCUGUCGGUGGGCAACGAGCACUACCGGCUGCUGCCGCAGCAGGAGGACGACGACGACGACGACGAGGAAGAUCAGGACACGGGAUUGUGAACUGUAGGAGACUGAAGUUCACCAUCAGGACAAAUCAGACAGUUUUUAUCGUUGUUCUUUGAGAGAACGAGAGGCUGAAUUAGACGUUCAGCAAACUCUGAACUCUUGACAAACCAAAGAUAUCACCAGAUUACUGUCUUUAUGGAACAUUACCAGGCAAACACAACUUCUUAUACCUCCCUCCUCGUAUCGAAGAACCUUCCCUUUGCGAAGAACAAUUAAAUAAUCUCAUUUCUAGACAAAGAAAUUAAAAAAAUUGUUUCACCAAAACAGAUUUUAUGGAAGAUGCGAAACUGACCAGCAACCACAGGUCAAACCUUUUUAGAUUCAUUAGUGGAUGAUGUUUUAUUAAAUGAUGCAGCAGACAAAAUUUACUCCACAUUGACUUUUUUUUUUUUUAAUCAAUAUGAUAAAUGUGGAUUUGCAUGAAAACAUUCUACCUGAGAAACUGUGAUGUGUUUGCAUUCAUGUGUUUGUGUGUGACUGAAAUUUUAUGUUGUAAAAUAAGAAAAAUGUUCAUGUUGUAGUGAAAUAGCUUUAUUUUAUAUUUGUAUAGUUUCACUUUAUGAGACAGCAAUGUUUGACAUGUUAUCGAAAAUUGUCAAGCUUAAAAAUAUUCUACUGUACUGAAUAAAUCUU